GGGAAGCGGGGACCUGCUUCUUCCCGAGCGGCGCGCUGCGGAGGCCGGAGUCAUGACGGGCGAAGUGGCCUCCGAGGUUCACCUAGAAAUCAAUGAUUCAAAACUCAUUUCACAAGAAGAAGCAGAUAGUCCUUCAGACAGUGGACAGGGCAGCUGUGAAACAGUUGGGCUCUUGAGUGAACAAGAUUCAGAUGAAGAGAUAUUUGUGAGUAAGAAAUUGAAAAGCAGGAAGGUGCUACAAGAGAGUGAUUCUGAACAAGAGGGCACAAAUGCCUCUCCAGAGAAAACUACCUAUGACGAUAUCGAGGAGGAAGAUAAGGAGAACUUACAUGCCGGAAAAAAUGGAAAAGUCAGAAGGAUUUACAGAACUCUGGUGAACAGUGAUGAGAGUGACAUCGAGGAGUCUUUGUGUCAGGAAAAUCUUGAAACCCAAGUGACACCUUGCUUAGAGCUGAGUCUCCAAUCUGAAAACUCUGUGGAUUUUACAGUUGACAGAAAGAUUUCCAAAAAACCCAUACAUGAUAAAGAAGGAAUUGGACGAAAAGCAAAAGUAAAAUCAAAGCGAAGACUCGAGAAAGAGGAGAGAAAGAUGGAGAAAAUUAGGCAGCUGAAAAAGAAGGAAACAAAAAAUGAGGAAGAUGAUGUGAAACAGCUAUUUAAUGACAGUGGCUGUCUACUUGUGGAUAAAGACCUUUUUGAAACUGGGUUGGAGGAGGAAAAUAACUCUCCAUUAGAAGAUGAAGAGUCAUUAGAAUCAAUAAGGGCAGCUGUGAAAAACAAAGUAAAAAAGCACAAGAAAAAGGAACCAUCUUUGGAGAGUGAGGUCUAUUCAUUUGAAGAAGAAACUGAGUUAUCAAAAGGCACCACGAGGAAGGAAAGAAAGGCAGCCAAGUUAAAUAAGGAAUCAUUAAAAAAAUUGCAUAGUGAGACUCAGCGCCUUAUUCGAGAGUCUGCACUUAAUCUUCCAUAUCAUAUGCCUGAGAAUAAAACUGUUCAUGAAUUCUUCAAACGUAAACCCCGGCCCACUUGCCAGGGAAAUGCCAUGGCGCUACUGAAGUCAUCUAAGUAUCAGGCAAGCCAUCACAAAGAAAUCACAGACACUGAAAAUACAACUGAGAUAAAUAGUGACCACCAUAGCAAAGAUUCUGAGCAGACAACAGGUGCAGGGUAUGAAAUGGAAAUUAAUGCACUCCCUGCAGUUUCAAAGGAACCCCAGAUCACUACUGGAUCAGAUGAGUCUUGCAGUAAGGAUUUGACAGGAAGUGAAGAGCUAGAAAUUCCCGAGAAACAGGAGCAGAGUGAUGCUAGACCUUCACCUGGGGACGUCUCGGUGGCACAACAGGAAUGCAGCUUCCUUGGGAAUAAGGACAGUGAGGAGUAUCAGGCUGGAGGGCUUGUGGCACCUGAACCUUGUGCCCUGGAGGAAGAAGAAGGCCUGAAAAAAACAGAAGAAGCAGAUGAGAAGGUGGAAGAGCCCAGCCAACAAACUAAAUCAGCAGCAGUGGUGCCACCUGAGAAAGUGAGGAGGUUCACUGUGGAUAGACUUAAGCAACUGGGAGUAGAUGUUUUCAUUCAACCUCGGCUGGGUGCCGACAAAGAUUCUUUUGUGAUACUUGAAGAACCUGAAACCAACAGAGAACUGGAAGCCUUGAAGCAGCGUUUCUUGAAGCAUGCUAAUCCAGCAGCCAAACCCAGGGCUGGUCAGAAGGUGAAUGUGAACAUCAUAGUGAAAGAUGUGGGCACUGAUGGAAAGGAAGAGCUCAAGGCAGAUGUGGUACCUGUGACUUUGGCAGCUGAGAAGCUGGAUGGAGCAAGCCACACAAAACCAGGGGAAAAGCUUCAGGUGCUGAAAGCUAAGCUGCAAGAAGCAAUGAAACUCCGAAGGUCUGAGGAGCGCCAAAAGCGCCAAGCAUUACUCAAGUUAGAUAAUGAAGAUGGAUUUGAAGAAGAGGAGGAGGAGGAAGAAAUGACGGAUCAGUCUGAGGAAGACGGAGAAGAGGAGGGAGAGGAAGCUUUGGAGGAAGAAGAGGUGAAAGAGGAGGAAGAGGAGGAAGAAGGCAAUCAGGAGAUUGCAGAAUUCCUUCUCGGUAGUGAAGAAAUAGAAACCAAAGAUGAGAAAGAAAUGGAUAAAGAAAACAAUGAUGGCAAUGGUGAAAUUGGCAAGUCAGUUGGCCUUCUCUCUGUCCCCAAGCCUCUCUUGUCAGAUUCUACCUUCCUUCUAUUUAAGGACAACUCUUCCAAGAUGGGUUACUCUGCUAGUGAAGAAAAAUCAGAAAUAGAUGAAAACUCAGGCAAAAGACCUAACAAACUAGAUGAAGAUGAUUCAUGCUCAUUACUGACAAAGGAGAGCAGCCACAAUAGCAGCUUUGAGCUGAUAGGCUCCACAAUUCCAUCCUAUCAGCCUUGCAACAGACAAACAGGCCGUGGGGCCAGUCUUUUCCCUACGGCAGGAGGAUUCAGAUCUCCUUCCCCUGGACUAUUUCGAGCCAGUUUGGUCAGCUCAGCUUCUAAGAGUUCAGGAAAGCUGUCUGAGCCUUCACUUCCCAUAGAGGAUUCCCAGGAUCUGUAUAACGCCUCCCCAGAGCCUAAGACACUUUUCCUAGGAGCAGGAGACUUCCAGUUCUGUUUAGAAGAUGACACUCAGAGCCAACUGUUGGAUGCAGAUGGGUUCUUAAAUGUUAGAAACCACAGGAAUCAGUACCAAGCUUUGAAGCCUCGAUUGCCAUUGGCCAGUAUGGAUGAGAACGCCAUGGACGCCAACAUGGAUGAGCUGCUGGAUUUGUGUACAGGGAAGUUCACAUCUCAGGCUGAAAAACCUCUGUCCAGGAAGAGCGACAAGAAAGAGAACAUGGAGGAACUUCUGGAUCUUUGUUCAGGAAAAUUUACUUCUCAGGAUGUCUCUACUCUGGCUCCAUCAGAGUUAAAUAAGCAGGAGAAGGAGAGCAGUCUGGGUGAUCCAAUGGAAGAAGCACUUGCUCUUUGCUCAGGCUCUUUCCCAACAGACAGGGAAGAAGAAGGUGAAGAGGAGGAAUUUGGAGACUUUCAGCUUGUCCCAAAUGAUAAUGAGUUUGAUAGUGAUGAGGAUGAACACAGUGACUCUGACAAUGAAGACCCGGCCCUAGAAGACCAUGAAGAUAAUGAUGAGGAAGACCUCCUGCAGCAAUCCGAGAAGUUGAAAAGGCAAAUGAGAUUGAAGAAAUACCUGGAGGAUGAGGCAGAGGUGUCAGGGAGUGACGUGGGAAGUGAAGAUGAGUAUGAUGGGGAAGAGCUUGAUGAAUAUGAAGAGGAUGUAAUUGAUGAAUUACUUCCUUCUGAUGAGGAACUGCAGAGUCAAAUCAAGAAAAUACACAUGAAAACAAUGUUGGAUGAUGAUAAGCGACAGUUACGUUUGUACCAGGAAAGGUACCUUGCUGAUGGGGACCUGCACAGUGAUGGUCCUGGACGAAUGAGGAAAUUCCGAUGGAAAAACAUAGAUGAUGCUUCCCAGAUGGACUUGUUCCACAGAGACUCUGAUGAUGAUCAGACUGAAGAACAGCUUGAUGAGACGGAAGCCAGAUGGAGGAAGGAGCGAAUUGAACGAGAGCAGUGGCUUCGGGACCAGGCACAGCAGGGGAAAAUUGCAGCUGAAGAGGAAGAGGAGAUUGGGGAAGAUAGUCAGUUUAUGAUGCUGGCCAAGAAAGUUACAGCCAAAGCUCUGCAGAAGAAUGUCAGUCGCACUGUGGUUAUUCAAGAAUCAGAGUCUUUAUUCAGAAAUCCUUUUGAAGCCACCAAACCGGGAAGUGACAACCAGCUGAAGAUGGGCUCACUGCUAAACCAGCCCAAAGCUGUGCUUCAGAAACUGGCUGCCCUGUCUGACCUCAACCCUAGUGCUCCCCGAAAUUCAAGAAACUUUGUCUUCCACACACUUUCUCCUGUCAAGGCUGAGGCAGCAAAGGAAUCAUCUAAGCCUCGGGUAAGGAGAAGGGGUCCAUCUUUAAUGACAUCCCCUUUACCUAAGCGCCUCAAAACAGAUGAUAGCACUUCAGGAUCGAAGCAAAGCAUCUUCAGAUACUUGGAAAGCUAACACCACAAGGGCACCAGCACCUGUGUUGAGACUUCGUUGAGAAGUUUCUGGCAUUGAAGGUUGGCAUCGAUGCUCAUGUGGAUGA